AUGUACACUUUGAAUCAAGACCUCCCUCAUCCUCCAUCACCGCCGCCAGCACCGCUCGCCAUGGAUCACCUCCAACAUGGUUAUUCCUCCUCAAACCCCGCCACCCUGCCCGGCAUUCCAGAGACCCAUCGAGCCGUUUCCACGGUCUUUGAGGGUCGCAUCUACUCCCUCGAUGUCGUCCAGCAACCCAUCCGCGCUCGAAUGUGUGGGUUUGGUGACAAGGAUCGGCGACCGAUUACACCUCCUCCCUGCAUCAGACUGAUUGUCCGCGACGCUGCUACCCAGAAGGAGAUCGAUAUCAAUGAAAUGGACACUUCUUUCUACGUCCUGACCGUCGACCUGUGGAACGCAGAGGGCACCAACGAGGUCAACCUCGUCCGCCACUCCGCGACAUCCCCCUCGAUCUCUACCGCUACCUCCUCCGCAUAUCCCCCUCCGGCCAACAUCAUGCCCUACCCCCCGUAUGCACAGGCCCAUGGCUAUCCCGCGUACCCGCCCUACUACGCUGCACAGCAAGGUUACAAUCCUCAUGCUGGCUAUCAAUAUCAGCAAGGGGGCCCUGAUACUUACUACCAGGCUCUUCCCCCCACUGGCGCAUACUAUGCUCCUGGAACUCCCACUCAGGCUCUUGCUCCCCAAUCCGCACUGCCACAUAUCUCAACUGCCUCCACAGGCAUGUUUACCCGCAACCUCAUCGGCAGCCUGAGCGCCAGCGCGUUUCGCCUCACAGACCCAGAUGACAAAAUCGGAGUCUGGUUUGUCCUACAGGAUCUCAGUGUCCGCACAGAAGGUUCAUUCCGAUUAAAGAUGAACUUCGUCAAUGUUGGCACUCAAACUCAGUCCCAAGAGCAAUCGCCCGGGGGGACGCCUUCGAGCCCCGUGAUCAAUGUUGGAUCCGCACCAGUUCUGGCCUCGGUGUUCUCUGAUGUUUUCCAAGUGUACUCCGCCAAGAAGUUCCCCGGCGUCAUCGAGAGCACCCCUCUGAGCAAGUGCUUCGCGUUCCAGGGUAUCAAAAUUCCCAUUCGCAAGGAUGGAGUCAAGGGCCCCCGUGGCUCACAAGUGCACGGAGCCAAGGGACAGGACGCUGAAGGUGAAGACUGGGAAAAUGAGGCAUGA